AUGGGCUGGCCGGUGUGCAAUUCCACCGCCGAGGAUGAGACCAGUACGUCCCUUUCUGUUCUCUACCCGCCCCUCCCCUGCAACUUGCGACACAGCGAUUUCACCGAGGUCGAUCUAUGGGAAGGUGGCAUUACCUUUCACCAACUCUGCCUUAUGGUAGGCGGGGUGUUCGGUCUGAUUUCCAUGAUUGUUUCCUUCUAUCUCAUUAUGAUGCAUGCCACACAUUACAGCAAGCCGAUCGAGCAACGACAUCAAAUACGAAUUUUGUUGAUGAUCCCUAUUUACUCGGUCGUCGCGUGGGUUGGAACCUAUUUUUACAAGAACGAUGUGUACUAUGAUUUGAUCGGAAAUUGCUACGAAGCCUUCGCCAUCUCGGCCUUCUUUUCCCUACUUUGCGCCUACGUCGCACCCGACCUACAUAGUCAGAAGGAGUACUUCCGAGGCGUGGUUCCUAAGCCAUGGGUCUGGCCAAUUCCUUGGCUACAAAAGAUAACUGGUGGUGAAAAAGGCGUGUGGAGGACUCCCCGCAGUGGCUUGACUUGGUUCAAUGUCAUUUGGGUGGGCGUCUUCCAAUACUGUGUGCUGCGAGUCCUCAUGACUGUCGUAGCCGUCAUCACACAGCACUUCAACGUCUAUUGUGAAGAAUCGCUCAACCCUGCGUUCUUCCACAUCUGGAGCAUGGUCGUGGAGUGUAUCGCUGUCUCGAUUGCCAUGUACUGCCUGAUCCAGUUCUACAUUCAGAUCAAAGACGACAUUAGCCAGCACCGCCCAUUCUUGAAAAUUCUUUCUAUCAAAUUGGUGAUCUUCUUGUCUUUCUGGCAGUCGACAUUGAUCUCCUUCCUCUCUUCCGCGGGUGUCAUCAAAACAAGCAAGACAAUCCAAUCACCCGACUUGAAGGUCGGACUGCCUAAUAUUCUGAUUUGUAUCGAGAUGGCUAUCUUCUCGGUUCUCCACCUGUGGGCCUUUGCCUGGCAGCCGUACUCGCUUCUUGCACAAACAGCCGAUGUCACCGAUUUCUACGGUAACGGAAAGACCAGCUACCAAGGAGGUCGCUUUGGUCUCAAAGGCUUGCUGGAUGCUCUCAACCCCAUCGACCUUGCUAAGGCAGUUGGCCGCAGUUUCCGUUGGCUGUUUGUUGGACGGAAAAAGCGGACGUUGGAUCCCAGCUACCACACGCCGACCGAAGCGUUUGGGUUAAAUGCGACUGAGAACGUUACCCCACCUCAGGGAACCGCAUACCAAGGGCCUGCGACUGCGAUGACUGCGGGACGAUAUGGUAGCGACGAAGAAGGCCAGGUGCUUCUGUCACAUGCUCAGCCCAGUCCUGGUGGACUGGCUCCAGGGAUGCACGAUGACAGUGAUCCGAAGCGCUUCUACUCGCACAACCGGUUGAGUGGCUCAUCUAUACUAGAGCCGCAGCCCUCCCACACGACUCCACAAAUGGAUAUGUCCUAUGAGGACGCCUACAACCCCUACUUGGUCCAAUCUCAGCACCUGGCCCACGAUCCUUAUCACCAUGAAAGUUCUACCCCUGGGAACCCGCCGUAUCCGGAUACCACCACCGCCCCAGCGGCCACUUACCCUCAACAACACCAACAACCCACCCUCCAAGAACAACCUCCGAUUCCUCUUCCAGAAACAUACCAGACACCGCCGCCUGGGUACGACAUGGAGAAUUCCCACCGGAGGUAG